UGUGGACCAUAACAAAUAAUUUUUUUCCGAAAAAACUCUUAAAUUUUCGGCAAAAAAUGGAAGAUCAAGAGAUGAUUCACGACAUUCCUGGCUUCUUCGUGCCAGAAGACAACAACAACGCAGACGAAACUUCAAAUUCAAAGGGAAAAAAGGACAAAAGUAAAAAAUCCGGCGGAUUUCAAUCAUUCGGCCUGAGUCCUCCCGUGCUCAAAGGCAUUUUAAAGCGUGGCUACAAGGUUCCAACACCCAUCCAACGUCGCACAAUUCCCCUAAUCCUCGAAGGACGCGAUGUCGUGGCAAUGGCAAAGACAGGCUCCGGCAAAACUGCCUGUUUCCUCAUUCCGCUGUUCGAAAAAUUGAAAAAACGCGAGGUAAAAGGAGCUCGUGCCCUGAUUUUAUCACCAACGAGAGAACUGGCGAUCCAAACGUACAAAUUCGUGAAGGAAUUGGGGAAAUUUUUGGAUUUAAAGACAAUUCUCGUGCUCGGCGGAGACUCGAUGGAUGCUCAAUUCACAGCGGUGCAUGCCUUGCCGGACAUAAUUGUUGCAACUCCGGGUCGUUUUUUGCAUUUGUGCGUCGAAAUGGACCUGAAACUGCAUAAUGUGCAAUAUGUGGUGUUCGACGAAGCUGAUCGACUUUUCGAAAUGGGUUUCGGCGAACAAUUGAAUGAAACGUUAAAACGUCUUCCGGAGGGCAGACAAACUGUUUUGUUUAGUGCAACACUUCCAAAAUUGCUUGCGGACUUUGCAAAAGCUGGAUUAACGGACCCGGUGUUGUUACGACUUGAUGUUGAAUCAAAGCUGCCGGAUACCUUAGACCUCAAAUUUGUGUUUUGUCGUCCUGACGAACGAUAUGCGACACUUUUGGCCCUUUUGCGUUACGUAAUUCCCGCCAAUUCGCAAACUGUGGUCUUUGCUGGGACCCAACAUCACGUCGAAGUCAUUUCUUACAUCUUGUCACGAGCGGGAAUUUCGAAUUCUCUCGUCUAUUCGAGCUUGGAUGCAUCAGCGCGCAAAAUAAAUACCACAAAAUUCGUCACAAAACAAGUUCGGGUGCUCGUAGUAACAGAUGUAGCGGCGCGUGGUAUCGAUAUUCCGUCGCUGGAUUACGUCGUGAACUUACAUUUUCCCGGAAAACCCAAACUUUUCAUUCAUCGCGUUGGUCGAUGUGCCCGUGCUGGGCGUUCAGGAACAGCUUUUUCCAUUUUUUCGACAGACGACGAGGCGCACUUGCUCGAUUUGCAUCUCUUUUUGAACCGAAAAUUCGACAUUGAUGACACAAAAGCGAUCGGAUGUGCCCCAGCGGAGUUCACGGAAGAGGAACAUCAACAAAUCCGGGCUUGGGUGCAGGACACAAAUAUCGAAAAAACCUACAAAACGAGUGUCAAUGCCUACAAAGCUUAUAUCAAUACUCGACCUGCGGCAAGCGGAGAUGCCAAUCGACGUGUGAAACGCAUCAAAUUCCACGCGUUACGUGCCUUGGAUGACUUUUUGCAUGCAACCGCCAAACUGAGUGGCAAAGAAAACGAAGAAAAAGAAGUCAAUGCGACACUUUUCAAGGAAGACUUCCUGUCGCGCAUGAAAAAUUACAAACCAAACAGCACAGUUUUCGAAUUGAACCCGAAAGCGGGCAGCAAACAGUACCUCGUGAUGCACGAAAAGCGAAAAACGCACGAAGAAAAGAUACAAAAGUACCGUGAAAGAAUCGCGGAUCUCGAAGCGACGGAAAAAACCAUCAAAGAAACUGCUUGUGAGUCGGAAGAAGACGAAGAAAUGCCAAAAGCUGACUCGGAAAGCGACGAAGAAGAAGUCAAAGUCCAAAAACCAGCGAAGAAAAAGCGAAAAAAGUCGGAAAAAAUCCCGAAACCCUCGGCUUUUCGCGAUUCGGAGUACUACAUCCCGUAUCAGGCGAGCGAUAAAGCAACGGAAGAUGGACUUGCGAUCAAUUCUUUCAUACGGGAUGCGCAUAAGGCGGAAUUCUCCGUGAUUGGUGACACGAAUGAGACGCAGAGGUUUAGCAAGAAUUUGCAACGAUGGGAUCGCAAGAAGAAAAAGAUGGUAAAUGUCGAGGAUCCGAAAGCAGGGAAGAUUCGCACGGAACAUGGCAAUUGGAUUCCGGCGUCGUACAAAACUGAUCGGUAUGCGAAAUGGAUGGAAAGGACAAAGUUGGAGGAGCAACUCGAACGUGAGCGGGAUAGUGAUGAAGAUGUGCCAAUACUUCGAAAAAUGCAUCCAAACACACAUUGGGGACGUCACAACGCCAAGGAAGACUUGAAGAAGCAUCUGGAUCCGGAUCUAAAGACAGCAGAACAGAUUCAGAAGAAGCGUUUACGAAAGGAAAAAAUUAUGGCACGAGAAAAAGCUGCAAAAAUGCGAAACGACGCGAAACGGAAAAAUGCCGCCAAAAGACGUUUGGCAAAAGGAAAGAAAUAAUUGUAAAUUUAAUGGAAAAACUUUUAAUAAAUUUAAGGAAAUAUUUU